AAAAUUUCUCUGCUUUACUCUGCGCUUCCCCUCACAGCUAGCUAGCCCUGUGUGAUACUACUAAGAAAGAGAAGGAAAGGAAACGCCACUCCUACUCGGCCAGCCGAUGCUGCCGUCUUCCAGGGCGAGGUCCAGGUCCUGGUCCUGGGGAGCUGGGACGUGGACUGCUAGUACUCCGCCCUCGUCUCCCAGGCUUCAGCCUCGGCACGAGCGCAGCCGGUCCUCCACCUACUCGCCACUCAUUUCCGAGACUCACGGCGGCCUGAUGGAGGAGGAACUCCGGGCAGAGAGGGAGGAGAAGCCGACGGAGCUGCAGAGCAACGGCGACGCGGCGAAGGAGGAAGCGUCCGGCGAGCGGGUUCAGCUCCUUGAACGGGAGGUGGCGGUGGCGAAACAGACGGAGAUGAAGAUCCUGGAGUCGCUGAUCCAUCGGACCAAGGAGCUCGAGCAGGCAAAGAUCGCGCUCGAGGAGGCCAAUCUCGAGGUCGCCACGCUGAGGCAGCAGGGCUCUAGAGGGGCCGCUGAGUCCGCUGCGCAGUGGAGCGUCAUGGACCUCAUGUUCGGAGCCGUCGACGAGGAGAUCAACGGACUCAAGACCAAGCUCCGGGCGGCGGUGCUGGCAGAGGAGCGGAGCAGGAAGGCGGCCGACGACCUCACCGCCGCGUUGUCCGCGGUCGCCAUGGAGGCCAAGCAGGUGAAGGCCUGGCUGUCCGACGCGCAGAUCGAGCUGGAGGGCGCGAACGCCGAGGUCGAGCGGCUCAGGGGGCUGCUGCACGCCUCCGAGGCGGAGCUGUGGUCGACGACCGAGCAGCUCGACGCCGUCACGAUCGAGUGGAAGGAGGCCGCGGUCGCGUGGCGCGCCAGGGAGAAGGCGCUGCUCGGGCGCUCCCGCGCGGCCGAGGAGGAGGCUGGCGCGGCGCGGCAGGAGAACGCCGAGCUCGCCGAGGCACACCGGGCGCUCAGCGACGAGAACGAUGGCCUGCACCGCGGGCUGGAGCAGGCAGUCGAGGAGGCCAACGCGUGCAGCGAGUCGCUCGAGCUCGCGAGCGGUGAGAACUCCAAGCUGCAAGACGCCAUCGCCGAGAAACAGCGCGCUCUGGAGACCAUGCGGCAGGAGAACGAGAGCCUCAAGGCCAGUGAGGCCGCGGCGCGGGCGCGCGCCAAGGAGCGCGACGGCCAGCUCGUGCUCGCGGCAGCAAGGAAGACAGCAACCGAUGCUGCCGCUGGAAAGACAUCAGAGCUGCCACCGGAGAAGUGGAGAAGCGAAGCGGUGCAGGGCAAGCUCAGCGCGGCGUUCUUGGACUCCGGCAGGGUGACGGCGUGCCGGAAGGACCGAAUGUUCGCGUCGCUCAGCAACCUCGCCGAGCUCAAGUCAUCGGCGGCCGCGGCGGCCAUGGACGACUACGACUACGAGUUCGAUCACUUCGACGUGGGCCAGUACGGUGGCACGGAGCAUGCCAUGAAGCACAGGAAGAGGAGGUCGAUUCUGAGGAAGUUUGGGGAUCUCUUCAGGAGGCGAAGCCUGUACAAGUCCAAUCUAGCUCCGGUGCUGCACUACUAGGAUCCAGAUAAACCAUAGAUGUUUGCGAGAUGGCUUUGCAGUGUCCUUGUUGGUUGAUAUGCAUAAGGGAAAAAGUAUAUCACCGCCGCCACCAUGGUCUUCAGAUCUCGCUUCUGCUGGAAAUAUGAUGGUUGAUUGAAUCGUUUGUGUGUUUGAAGGAUAGGCCUGUAGAGUGUUGUAAUACGAUCCCAAUUCUAGGCGCACGAUUUCUAGCAAUGGAGCAAGAGUUGGAGGGAGAUGAUAUCGUUUCAUAUGAUCAUGACAGUGCCAGUAUAGCAUUGUGUAAUCAUGCUGGUGGAUCAGUUUUCGGUGAUGAUGUCAGCGCAGUCUGUCAAUUACGUGUACUUUUUUCCUUUUUGAUAGA